AUGGAGGGGCUGCUGCAUUACAUCAACCCGGCACAUGCCAUCUCUCUGCUGAGCGCGCUCAACGAGGAGCGCCUCAAAGGACAGCUGUGUGACGUGCUUCUGAUUGUUGGAGACCAGAAAUUUCGAGCGCAUAAAAACGUCUUGGCCGCCAGCAGUGAAUACUUCCAGAGUUUAUUCACCAACAAGGAGAAUGAGUCACAGACUGUCUUUCAGCUUGACUUUUGUGAACCAGAUGCUUUUGAUAACGUUUUGAACUACAUUUAUUCUUCAUCUUUAUUUGUUGAGAAAAGCAGUCUCGCGGCCGUGCAGGAACUAGGCUAUAGCCUUGGGAUUUCCUUUCUGACUAACAUCGUCUCUAAAACACCUCAGGCCCCCUUUCCAACGUGUCCCAACAGGAAAAAAAUAUUCAUAGAAGAUGAUGAAAGCAGUUCUCAGAAGAGAAGCGUCAUCGUUUGUCAAAGUAGAAACGAAGCCCAGGGAAAAACUGUGAGUCAGAAUCAGCCUGACCUAAGCCAUACGUCCCGGCCCUCCCCUAGCACUGCAGUCAAGACCAGCACCAGUAAGCCCCACGUUCCCAAACCGGCCGAGCCACUCCACACUUUGCCACUGGCUGAAAAGAGCUGGCCGAAAGAUGGUUCUGUGGGCUAUGCAAAGUCUCUGGAGCACGCGGGGCCUCUGGAUGACCCCAACAGAAGCAGUUUGCUGAAAAGGAAUGCACCGCUGCAGGACAGAGAGGCGAUGGACGAUACGGCCGGUCUCAGCGGCCAGCUCCCCAAAGGCAAAGCCAUAGAGUUGGCUUUGAAGAGACCACGGCCCCCGGUGUUGUCUCUCGGAAGCUCGUCAGAGAACCCCUACGUGCUGAAGGAAACUCACAAAGGAGGCGGUCCGGGUGAAGAUCGAAACCUGCUGUACUACUCCAAGCUGGGGCUGGUGGUCCCGUCCGGCAGCUCUGGCUGCGGGAAGCCAGGCAUCGACAGAAGCGGCCCGCUCGUCAAGAGUCUUCUCAGGCGGUCGCUGUCCAUGGACAGCCAGGUGCCCGGCCUCUCACCCUCCAUAGAUUUGAAAUCUUCCCAGGGCCGCUCCACAGUGGCAGGUGAGGUGCCGGGGAGCGGCUUCUGUGCUCUGUCGCAGCAGUCGUCUCUGAAGGAGUGCGGGGAGAAGGCGGCCCUCGAUGAGCGGAGCCCCGCGCCCCAGCCCCACCGCCUCCGGUCCUUCAGCGCCUCCCAGUCCACAGAGAGGGAAGGGGAGCCUGCUGUGACCGAGGUCCGCAUCAAGACGGAGCCCUGCAGCCCCCUGUCGGACCCCUCCGACAUCAUCCGCGUCACUGUGGGAGACCCGGCCGCGGCGGCCGCCGCCAGAGACCUUUCCCUGACAACUGAAGACGACCAAAAAGACAUGAGCAGGCUCCCAGCGAAAAGGAGGUUCCAGGCGGACCGAAGGCUGCCGUUGAAGAAGGUGAAGGAGGACGAGCACGGGUCUCCGGUGUCCGAAGAGAACUUCGAGGAGGGCUCGAGCCCUCCCCUCCCUGAUGCAGAGUUUCCAGAUUCUGACUUGAAUAAAGAUGAAUUUGGUGAGUUGGAGGGAACAAGACCAAACAAAAAAUUUAAAUGCAAACAUUGCCUUAAGAUCUUUAGAUCGACCGCAGGUCUUCACCGGCACAUUAACAUGUACCAUAACCCAGAGAAGCCCUACGCUUGCGACAUCUGUCACAAGCGGUUUCACACAAACUUCAAAGUGUGGACGCACUGUCAGACCCAGCACGGCAUAGUGAAGAACCCGUCACCAGCCUCUAGUUCACAUGCCGUUUUGGAUGAGAAAUUCCAAAGAAAGCUGAUUGACAUAGUGCGAGAGAGAGAGAUUAAGAAGGCCCUGAUCAUUAAGCUGAGGCGCAGCAAGCCUGGGUUCCAGGGGCAGAGUAGCUCCCAGGCCCAGGCCAUCAAGAGGAACUUGCGGUCGCGAGCCAAAGGAGCGUACAUUUGUACUUACUGUGGAAAAGCCUAUCGCUUUCUCUCGCAGUUCAAGCAGCACAUAAAAAUGCACCCGGGAGAAAAGCCCAUUGGCGUCAAUAGAGCUGCUAAGCCCAAAGAGCAUGUUUCUCUCGAGAGUCCAGUAGAGAACAAGGAGGUUUACCAGUGCCGCCUCUGUAAUGCUAAGCUCUCUUCUCUUCUAGAGCAAGGAAACCACGAGCGAUUAUGCAGAAACGCAACCGUUUGCCCCUACUGCAGCCUUAGGUUUUUCUCGCCGGAGCUAAAGCAGGAGCACGAGAGUAAGUGUGAGUACAAGAAGCUGACGUGUCUCGAGUGCAUGCGCACCUUCAAGUCCUCCUUCAGCAUUUGGCGGCACCAGGUUGAAGUCCAUAAUCAGAACACCAUGGCGCCGGCUGAAAAUUUCUCCUUACCCACUCUGGACCACAAUGGUGAUGUGACUGCUGCCGCCAGGGCCCCGGCCCAGCCCGAGCCCCACAAGGCCAACCACGCGGUCCCCGCCAAAGACGACAAUGCCUUCAGUGAUUGUUCAGAGCAAGUGAACUUCGAUUCAGAAGACUCCUCCUGUCUCCCCGAAGACCUCAGCCUCUCGAAGCAGCUGAAAAUCCACGUCAAAGAGGAGCCCACAGAGGAGGCCGAGGAAGAGGCACCCGAGGCCCGCGCUGCCCCCAAGGAUGCCGGCUCCAGCAAGGACACCAGCCUGUGGCCCUGCGAGAAGUGUGGCAAGACGUUCACGGCGCACAAGCAGCUGGAGCGGCACCAGGAGCUCCUGUGCUCCGUGAAACCCUUCAUCUGCCACGUGUGCAACAAAGCUUUCCGCACCAACUUCCGGCUCUGGAGCCACUUCCAGUCCCACAUGGCUCAGGCUACGGAGGACCCGGCGCACAAAGACUCGGAAGCGUGCCCUGUGCUCACAAACUCUCCGUCCCCGCCCCCGCUGCCCCCACCCCCGCCGCUGCCCAAGAUCCAGCCUCUGGAGCCCGACAGCCCCACAGCCUUGUCUGAAAACCCCGCUCCUGCCCCGGAGAAACUGUUCGUGCCCCAGGAAUCCGACACGCUUUUUUACCAUGCCCCCCCCCUUUCUGCAAUCACCUUUAAAAGACAGUUCAUGUGUAAACUGUGCCAUAGGACAUUCAAGACGGCCUUCAGUCUUUGGAGUCACGAACAGAGCCACAACUGAAAGACCGCCCCUUUUCACCUGCCACAGAGGGGACGGUGGUCUCCAGAGUUCCUCCACCUAAAUUCUGAAACGUGCAUAAGAAACAAAAUAUUUUUUAAAA